GGGAGGAACAAGGUUUAAAUAGUGCUGCAAUAAAUGCUUUCAAGUCUCCAUCUGCCUGGACAGCUUGUCUUCUACUUGAGAAACAAGACCUGUUUUACAGAACUCAGUGAACAUGAAGUGCUUCAUCUUUGCCUGCCUCCUGGCUGUUGCUCUUGCAAAGCCUAAUAUGGAGCAAUAUUUUUCCAGUGAGGAAACUCUUGCCAUCUCCCAAGAACAAUUUAAGCAAGACAAAAAUGUGGUCGAGUUUCCCACUGAGGAGAACAUUUGCACCACAUCCUGUGAGGAACCCAUAAAGAGUACCAGGAAAAUGGUAAAUGCCGAAGUUCCCAAAGAGAUGAAAUACAAUGAAUUUUAUCAGAAGCUGGACUUGCUCCAAUAUCUCCAGGCUCUUUACCAAUAUCCGAUGGUUAUGAACCCGUGGACUCAACCUGAGAUGAGGACCCUUAUUCCCACCAUGGACAGAGAACAACUCUCCAACAGUGAGGAAUUUGUCAUUUUUCCUCAGAGACAAUACGAGCAGGAAAUGGAUGUGGUCAUGCAAACCAGUGAGGAAAUCCCAGAGACAACUGCUGAUAUGGAAUCAACUGAAGUAUUCACUCAGAAAACUGAGAUGACUGCAGAAGAAAAGAAUUUGCUAAAAUAUCUGGACCAAAUGAACCAAUACUAUCAAUUUACUCUUCCCCAAUAUCUACAAGAUGUUCGUCAUUUUCAGAAAACCAUGACCCCAUGGAAUUAUUUCAGGAAAAUUGCGUACCAAAGUGUCCCCACUCUGAGAUACCUUUAAGACGCUUGAAAUAAUAGGUUCUACUUUAUUUUGGUUUGAAAAGAAAAUCAAUCUUCUACAGUUCUCUUCUCUCCUGUAUCGCUUUAUGGCACCAGCAUGCAUGGACAGGUUGGCUGCUAAGACAGGAAGCAUUGAGCCAAAGAAAGAUUCUUCAGAAAGUGUUGUGGCUUGCUUAUACCCUCCCUGUUAAAAUCGCAUUAAACAUGCUGGGUCUGUCUGGGGUUUCGUGUGAACUGGGUUUGCCAUCAUCACUCUUUCUGUAUAAUGAAACAUGUUUCUUUUCCCAAGAAAGUAAAAUUUCA